UGCCUCCGAGGCCCUCCCGCGCCCUCUCCGGCGCUCCUCUCCGGCCCUGGUCCAGCCCGCCGCCGUCGGAUCCGCCAUGCAGUCCUUGCGCGCCGUGCUCCUCCCGCUGCUGCUGCUGCUGCUGGCCGCGCCUGCCUCGGCGCUGCCGCCCCGGGCCGGCCGCUCUGCGCCUGCUGCCACCGGGCCAGCUGCUGGCUGUCCCGAGCGCUGCGAGCUCGCGCGCUGCGCCCCGCCGCCCGACAACUGCGAAGGUGGUCGUGUCCGAGACGCGUGCGGCUGCUGCGAGGUGUGUGGCGCCCCCGAGGGCGCCGCGUGCGGCUUGCAGGAGGGCCCUUGCGGCGAGGGGCUGCAGUGUGUGGUAUCCUUCGGGGUGCCCGUCUCGGCCACCGUGCGCCGGCGGUCGCAGGCCGGGCUCUGUGUGUGUGCCAGCAGCGAGCCGGUGUGCGGCAGCGACGCCAAUACCUACGCCAACCUGUGCCAGCUGCGCGCUGCCAGCCGUCGCUCCGAGAGGCUGCACCAGCCGCCGGUCAUCGUCCUACAGCGCGGCGCCUGCGGACAAGGGCAGGAAGAUCCGAACAGUUUGCGCCAUAAAUAUAACUUCAUCGCUGAUGUGGUGGAGAAGAUUGCUCCUGCAGUGGUUCACAUCGAGUUAUUUCGCAAGCUCCCUUUCUCCAAGAGGGAGGUGCCAGUGGCCAGCGGGUCUGGGUUCAUUGUGUCAGAAGAUGGACUGAUUGUGACCAAUGCCCACGUAGUGACCAACAAGCACCGUGUCAAAGUCGAGCUGAAAAGUGGAGCCACCUAUGAAGCCAAAAUCAAGGACGUAGACGAAAAGGCGGACAUUGCUCUUAUCAAGAUUGACCACCAGGGGAAGCUGCCGGUCCUGCUGCUCGGCCGCUCCUCGGAGCUGCGGCCAGGAGAGUUCGUGGUCGCCAUCGGGAGCCCGUUUUCCCUCCAAAACACCGUCACCACAGGGAUCGUCAGCACCACCCAGCGGGGCGGCAAGGAGCUCGGGCUCCGGAACUCGGACAUGGACUACAUCCAGACGGAUGCCAUCAUCAACUACGGAAACUCGGGAGGCCCCCUAGUAAACCUGGACGGUGAGGUGAUCGGCAUCAACACUCUGAAGGUGACCGCCGGAAUCUCCUUUGCAAUUCCAUCUGACAAGAUCAAGAAGUUUCUAACCGAGUCCCAUGACCGGCAGGCCAAAGGGAAAGCCAUCACCAAGAAGAAGUACAUAGGGAUCCGAAUGAUGUCACUCACAUCCAGCAAAGCCAAAGAGUUGAAGGAUCGCCACCGAGACUUCCCUGACGUGCUCUCGGGAGCCUACAUCAUUGAAGUAAUUCCUGAUACCCCUGCAGAAGCCGGUGGUCUCAAGGAGAACGACGUCAUAAUCAGCAUCAAUGGACAGUCGGUGGUGUCUGCCAAUGACGUCAGUGACGUCAUUAAGAAAGAAAAUAUCCUGAACAUGGUUGUUCGCAGGGGCAAUGAAGACAUUAUGAUUACAGUGAUUCCCGAAGAAAUCGACCCCUAGGCAGAGGCAUGAGCUGGGCUUCAUUUUUCCCUCAGAGACUGCGGUGGACCAUGCGUGAAGACUCUGGGCUGGUGGCUUGGCAUACCCAGGACUUUGGACCGCCAUUUUGCUUGUUCAGUGGAAACGCCCCAGCCAACAGAUUCCUUCCUGAUAGUGUUCAGGCAAAACAAAUGUAAUGUUGCAGAUCCUCAGGCAGAAGCUCCGCCCUUCUGUACCCCAUGUAUGCAGCGUGCUUUAUCUUGCCAGCUUGGGCUCUUCCUGCUUAGACAGUCAACACCUGUCUCCUCCUUUAACCAAGUCAUCGUCUUAGUCCAGCUAAUGCAGUUGACGAAUUGUGUAGAUAAGAGGAAGGCCUCGCAGGAGCCAGAACAGUCCUGGGCAUGUUCGUGCUUUCCUCUGAGUCAGCACCCAGAGGAGGAGGAUGCUCAGAGACCAUGGAUGGGUGGAUGCUGGCUUCCGAGACGGCCAAGUCCCUCUUUUAGGAAUCUUCAGAACAGAGAGUGCGAUGACUCUGAGUUUGAGCUAUUAAAAUACUUCUUCAUA